UUUCCCGUGAGCCUUUGCGUAUGUGCACGUAUUUUCCGCUUGUCGUCAGAUGUUGUGUGUGCUCUUGUAGUUGUGCCCAUGCUGUUUAGCAGCCGAAAAUGAAACUUUGGUGUCAGAUAAACGGGUCGCUGGAAAGCUGAGUUCUGUUCUGUUUUCUGACAAUAAUCAUCUUCUUCUGAAUCAAGUUUACAUGCACUGAUUCACGUUAAGCUAGCUGUAGCUGUAGCUGUAGCGAUCCUCUAGUGCCGUGCCUUUCUACUGAGCUCUGAACUCCACGCUCCACUCCAACACCGACCGCCGGGGCAAGCCUCUCCUCUGGCCGCAGGAUGCUCCUGUUGGUGCCGCUAAUCGUUCAUUUGGCCGUGGUGGCCUCCGGUCAGGACAUGAACGACGACUGGGUAGACCCGUACGACAUGCUCAACUACGACCACGGAACACAAUCAAUGAAAAAGUCCAUUGAGCCUGCACACUAUGACAAGGUUUCAACCAAAAGAAGAGAGUUCACCGAGGACUCCAGCCAGGCUGAGUUAACACAGUGCAACAGUAACGUCAAAGAGCUGAAGUCACAGAUUGAAGAACAGAAGAAGAAGAUCAACGUCAUGUCCCAACAACCCACCUGUAAUCCAGUGUUUAAGAGGUUUCUCACCAGACUCCUGAAGGAUAUACAAAGACUCGGUUUACCCAGUGACUCCACAGAAGUACUUUAUGAUGCUAAAGUCAAAAUGUCCAGACAAGCCUUGACAGAGAUCCAGACACUGUUGGAGGGGGAAGAAAACUGGAGAACUGGAGCUCUGGACAAUGCUGUCAGUCAGAUAUUGGUUGACCUUAAACCGCACAACUACGAGGCCUGGAGGUGGCGCUUUGAAGACACCUUUGGUGUUGAGCUUGACACAUUACUGAAAAUGGUGUUAUGUGUUCUGCUCAUAAUGACCAUUGUCUGCACUCAGAUGUGGUCAUUUGUGUCCUGGUUUGUGCAGUUCACUCGGAUGUUUGCCAUCUGCUUCUUUGUCAGUAUUGUCUGGAACUGGUUUUAUCUGUAUAAGAUUGCCUUUGCAGAGCACCAGAAUAACAUGGUGAAAAUGGACAGCGUCAAUGCAAAAUGUACUGGAGUGAAGAAGAUUGACUGGAGUGACAGUCUCAAAGAGUGGUUUCGCAGCACGUGGACCCUUCAAGAUGACCCCUGUAAGAGAUACUAUGAAGUCCUCAUGGUCAACCCCAUUCUUCUGGUACCUCCGACUAAGGCGAUCUCAGUUACCAUCACAACUUUCAUCACUGAACCACUGAAGCAUUUAGGUCAGGGAAUCAGUGAGUUCCUUCGAGCCCUCCUCCAAGAUCUUCCUGUUACACUGCAGAUCCCAGUGCUUCUCACUAUUGUCCUCUCCAUUGUGGUAUUUAUGUAUGGAAGCGUUCAGGCAGCCUUCCAGCAUGGGAUCCUUGCACCUUUCCGCCGUCCUCGAGGCGAUCCACCUCUGCCAGAACCAGGACAGCACCAGCCCCAGGUUCAGAUGAUUCAGGUCCGUGAGCACUUGGCUUUGGAGAAUGAUCAACUACAAGAGCCAGGGCAGCAAGACAAUGAUGGAAGGUUAGACAGGGCUCAGGUUCAUGAGCGAAAUCCCUGCAGACGUAGGGAAAAGCAGUCCCCGGCGUUUGUGAAGACCCUGGUUGCUGCUGAUCCCCCCAACAGUGAGGAUGACACAGACUCUGAACGGCAGGAACAAAGUGAAGAAUUAGAGCAAAAUGUGUCUUCUAAUGCGGCACCAAAUCAACAAGUACAAAAAGAGAAGCCGUCAGAAGUCAGCAUUGCUGCCCCAAAUAACACUAAACCCCCCCACUCAGACUCUUCAUCGCAGUCAACAGCAAACCCUGAAAACAAUUCUGAAUCCAGCACAGAAGACGUCACGCUCAGACCUCAACAGACAGAAAGACAAUCUUCAAGAACGGAUGAAACGGACUCAGAGAAACUUGACUCAUCUGAUUCUAUUUCAUUUCAUCAUCCAGUUCAGGAGGUGGGUUCAGGCCAAGCUGAUUGAACUGCAAAAAAGUCAAAUAUUAAUAUCAAUAUUUUUUAAGUUAACUAUUACAAUAAUUUAAUGUAAACUUUUUAGCUGAUUACAAGUUACAUAUGGGACAAAACAAGUCAGAAUAAAAUAUAUCGUUAUAUCACUUUCAAAAUAAGUUUGCUACAAAAACCUUACUAUCAAUUAAGCACUGCAUUAAAAUGCUGUUUUUUAUUUUAAAUAAAUAAAAGACUUGUUAUACACUGUGCACUAUGUUGCAACUAUGUUUUUUCAAUUAAAUUCAUUUAAAAAA